UGGCAGCGCGAGCGCGGGGCCCGAGGCGGCGGUGGCGGCCGCAGCCAUGUCCCGCCGGGGGCCCUCGCAGGUGUCGGGCAGCCUCCGGCGGAAGGCGGCGCCGGGCACGGCCCCGUCGGAGCUGCAGGAGCUGCGGAGCCGCACGGAGCGCGCGGAGCGGCGGCUGCUGGCCUGCGAGAACCUGGUCGGGGAGCUGGGCAGCGGCCUGGCCGCCCUGAGCACCCUCCUGCAGGGCUACGGGCAGCUGCAGCAGCGCCUGCUCAACCUGGAGAACCUCCUCAAGAACAGGAACUUCUGGAUCCUGCGCCUGCCCCCUGCCUCCGGGGGAGAGAUCCCCAAGGUGCCGCUCACCUUCGAUGAUAUCUCGGUGUAUUUCAACGAGCUGGAGUGGGAGAGGCUGGAGCGCUGGCAGAAGGAUCUGUACAGGGCCGUGAUGAGGGGCAACUAUGAGACCUUGGUGUCCCUGGACUACGCCGUGUCCAAGCCUGAGAUCCUGUCCCAGAUGGAGAGGGAUGAAGAGCUCAGUGACAAAGAGGGUCAGGAGCACCCAUGGGCACAGGCUGGGGAUGGUCAGGAGCCCCUCUGGGCAGCAGAAGAGAGGGACGAGGCAGACGAGGCUGCAGGAGAUGGAAGCCCCAUGGGAGCUGCCCCAGAUGGUGCCAAGUCCAAACCUAACAGCCCAACCUGCAGCGAGAGGGAUGAAGAGCCCAGCAAUGAAAAGGGUCCUGAGCCCUCAUGGACACAGAAUGGGGACAGCCAGAAACCCCCAGAGACACAGAUUGGGAACAGCCCGAAAUCCCCACGGACACGGAGUGGGAACAGCCAGAAAACCCCACAGACAGAGACUGGGGACAGCCCAAAAUCCUCAUGGACACGGAGUGGGAACAGCCAGAAAACCCCACAGACACAUAAUGGGGACAGCCAGAACCCCCCACAGACACAGAGUGGGGACAGCCCAAAAUCCUCAUGGACACGGAGUGGGAACAGCCAGAAAACCCCACAGACACAGAAUGGGGACAGCCAGAACCCCCCACAGACAGAGACUGGGGACAGCCCAAAAUCCUCAUGGACACGAAGUGGGAACAGCCAGAAAACCCCACAAAUACAGACUGGGGACAGCCAGAACCCCCCACAGACAGAGACUGGGGACAGCCCAAAAUCCUCAUGGACACGAAGUGGGAACAGCCACAAAACCCCACAAAUACAGAAUGGGGACAGCCAGAACCCCCCACAAACACAGAGUGGGAACAGCCCAGAGUCCCCAAGGACACGGAGUAGGAACAGCCCAGAGUCCCCAAGGACACGGAGUGGGAAUAGCCCAAAGUCCCCAAGGACACAGAGUGGGAACAGCCCAAACCCCCCGCAGACACAGACUGGGAACAGCCCUGAGUCCCCACAGGCACACAGUGGGGACAGCCAGACACUGCCUCAGACACAGACUGGGGACAGUCAGAACCCCCUCCAGACAGGUGUCCCCAACAAUCAGAAGCCCUCACAGAUACCAGGAGAGAUGGAACAGCAGGAAGAGGCUUUGGGAGAGGAUCCCAUGCCCAUGGAAGCUGGCCCAGAGCUCCCCAUCCUGAUGAUGAAUGUGAUGUCCCUGGGGGACCAUCAGCUGGGGACGGUGGCAGAGGAGGACAUGGAGAUGGAGGAGGACCUGGCAGAGCCUGACACUGAGGAAGCCUUAUCCAUGGAAGAUGAAACACUGUGCGAAGGGGCUUUUCCUGAGGACAUCAAGGUGAAGGAAGAGGAGCCUGAGCUGCUGGCAGAGGAAUCCACACCCUCUCCCGGCUCAGAGAUCCAGAAGUGUCCCAAAAAUGAGCUGGUGAAAGCCAAGAUGAAGAAGAAGCCGAACCGGUGCGAGGCCAGCAACCUCCUGAUGGGCAACUGCCGGCGCGGGUACGUGCGGGAAUGGUCCCACCCCUGCACGGAGUGCGGCAAGCGCUUCCGCCUCAAGAUCAACCUCAUCAUCCACCAGCGCAGCCACGCCAAGGAGGGGCCCUACGAGUGCCCCGUGUGCGAGAUCGGCUUCAGCACCAAACGGCACCUGGACCUUCACCGCAGCAUCCACGUCAAGGACAGAGCCUUCGGCGCCAAGGUCUGGGGCAACGUGCACCCCGAGCUGCGCAUCCGCCCGCGCCGGGACCUGUGCGGCGCCGGCCACGCCGGGGGGGCCUGGCUGGGCCAGCCCAAGGAGGAGCCGGACAGAGAGGGCCUGUCGGGCGCCGGGAUCGUGCAGCCGCCCAACCCCAGGCAGAAGUGCCCCCUCUGCAAGAAGUUCCUGUCCUGCACCACGUCGAUGCGGCGGCACCUGCAGACCCACGCGCGGGACCGGCCCUACUGCUGCAGCUCCUGCAACAAGUGCUUCACCCGCAGCAAUCACCUGCUGCGCCACAAGAAGAUCCACGAGAGGGCUCUGGCCGCACUCCAGCGGGAGGCCAAGGCCCAGCCCGCUGCUGCUAUCCCAACAUCCCUGCAGCACCAAGCUCCCGAGACCCAGAGCAGGCCUUCCCAAGAGAAUGGGAGCCCUGAGGCUGCAAAAGCGAGCCUGCCCAAUGUGCUGCUGUUGGGAACAAUGCCACUGGAGCUCCCAGGCAAAGGCUCCCCGCUCCCUGAGUGCAUCAGGAAAGCCGUGCAGCCCGUGGUCCAGCUGGGAUCCAGGGCAGUGGCUUCGGAGAUGACAGAGAAAUGACAGAUGACAGACGCUGGGACAGAUCUGAGCUGUGCGUGUCCCUGGAAGGAAGCUGCGCGUUUGUUGGGUUUGCAACUGGUGGGACGCCAAGAAUGGGAAUCUGCUGUGUUUUAGGAGCUUCCUGGGUUGUAGAAAGAAUGGGAGGCUUGGAGACCACAACAGAGAGCACAUUGCAGAAGUCUCCAGUGAUCCACAAUGCUUCACCAUUCCACUGAAUUGUUCCUGUUGGCUGAUACUUGGAAUUUUCCCAAGCUGACAUUCCUGGGAGAUGACCAGGUGAAUCCUGGUCAAACAGGAGCAGAGCUUUUGCAUUCUUUGAUGUUGGAGCUGAUCCCUUGCAUUCAGAAACACAACUGAAGAGGGCAGGGAGAAGGGAAUGGAGCUGGCAGCAUUCCCAUGCAGCCCUUUGCUCCAUGGAACAAGCGUCCUGACUGAGACACCAGAUGGAGAGUGACAUCUCUGAGACCCCACCGCGUCCUGGCCACCCUUGCCACCCCCACUCUGGGGAGGAGAUCAGCCAACAGCCCCUCCAGCAGGUUGGGAACACUGGAGCUUUGCACUGGAAGAUCCAUACGACAAACCAAACCCCAAUAUUCUGUGCUGGCAUCUUCCAGGGAUGCCGGCAGGUCCAUGAGGAAGGCCACAGGCACCCUCAGGACCAUCCUGCACGGGUGCAGAGUGAUUUUAAGAAUACUUGACGGGUCAGCCAGCCCCAUGCUGCAGCAGCACCCUGAUCCCCGUGGAUCUGCCUGCACGGAGCAGCCCCUCAGCUCUGGAGGAAACUCCACUCUCCCAACCGCAGCUCGUCCCCUUUUGCCCAAAAUCCCACCUUAAUGAAUCCUACGGGAAAACAGUUCUGCAGCUACCUCAGUCAGGGAGAGGGGACCUACCCAGAGGCAGCCAGUGGAAGCCAGGCCUGGCACUGCCCCAGUGUCCCCUGGAGCCACCAGAGCAGUGUCCGUGGCCAGACCCCACGUGCCUCCCACGUGCUGGGUGUGCACAGGGAGCACCUCCCACCCGGAGCCAGCGCCACACGGACACGGUGGAGCAGCUGUUGGGACUCUUGCAUUUUGUUUUUCAGGUUUUUUGUUUCGAGUUGUUCAAUGGAAUUAUUUGCUAUCCUGAGAUCUCUGUCCCUCUUUGAGCAGCGAGCACUGGUAGGCUUUUCCCAUCUUCCAUUCCGAGUCACUCCCAGGGUGUGAUGGUGCUGCUGUGGGAAGCUUUGGGAGCUGGGGGAACACCUGUGCCACAUCCAGGUGUGAUCCUCAGCCACCUCCUGCUCCAUGGGAUGGACAGCAGCGUGUGAGCUGCUCCAUAGGAAUACACACAACAUCCCACUGCUCCUCUGGGCUGGUGUCUCACACUUCCUGCCCCUGGGAUUGCAGUGUGGAGCAUUCCCAGCCUGCAGCAGGAGCUGGGAGGGGUGCCAGUGGCAGACACAUGACCAUGGAUCUGGUAGUGAGCCAGCGGCUGGUUAUCCCUGUUAUCCCUGCCCAGGUUGAGAUCCCAGUGCUCCCCAGUUGAUCCCAGGGGCAUGGCUGAGCUGGUGUGCUGGUGCUAAGGGCCAGCAGCUCCAGCCUGGCAUUUCUAAAUCUGCUGUGACCGGGAGCAGUUUCCUGCAACAUUCCCAAUCCCUUUCUCAGGCUGUGGAAUCAAUAAAGUAUUUGUCUCUGUC